ACCAAUCAUGAAGUCCUCAGCUGUGAUCUUUUUCACCGUUAUCUUGUGUACUUUCCUUUCCGGGGGGUCCACCCAGCAAGUGGUUUCCGAGGCGGAUGCAAUUUGCGAUGGAAUCACCUAUGGAAUAGUCGCUCAUCCAACCGACUGCACCCGGUUCUACGUAUGUGUACUUUCUAGAGGAACUCUUGGACAGUGCGCUCCAUAUUUUGUGUUUAAUCCGCAAGUAUCGUUCUGCGUCCAUCGAGGACAGUAUCAAUGUCCGAGCGAUCUUACAACUACAACUACAACUACCAGUGCACCAACCCAAUCGGUACCGGAAACGACACCUACUUCAACAACAGCUUCAAGUGCCUGUCCGGAAACUCCCUGGGAGUCACACUUUUGCAGGGAUCAUAGUUCCGAUUUGAUCCAGAAUCCCUUCAACUGUACCCAGUACAUCAACUGUGAAGCGAAUCCAGUAAGAAACGACAUCUGCCCACCGGAUCACGUCUUCAACCUUGCGUAUCAGGAUUGCUUCCCUAGAAACGGACUAACGUGUGAAAUGCAACCGUUGGAUACCGAAUUCUGUAGCCAGAGAGCUCCCGGCAACUAUCCACAUCCGUAUUUGUGCAACCGGUUCGUAACCUGCUUCCGUGGCGAAGCUCGGCUAGAAACGUGUCCACCAUAUUACAUCUUUGACCAGGCUCUGUUGCGAUGUGUCCGCGGUGAUAUAAUUAAGUGUUCCUCUUUACUUGGCUAAGAGUGAAGUGAGAUGCUAGGUUGUCGUUUCUGCAUGUGAUGAUAUUCUGUGAUAAGAAUAUGGGACAAUAUUCAAUAUGGCCUUUGCUUUAGCAAUUUAUCUCGUGCGUUUUAUCUAUUUCUGGGAAGGAACAAAUCUCAAUUUUAAAUUUAUUGAGAUUCAUCGUAAAAUUUACUAUAAUGAAAUAAUUCCAAAUUCCAAAAAUAUUUAAGUUAAUUGAUAAAAAAUCACGGUAAAUAUUAAAAUUUAAUAAGUUAAUGAAAAA